CCCUGGCCCCGCCCCGGCCCGUCGCCAUGUUGUUCCCUCCGCGCUGGACGGGAGCAGCUGGAGCUGGAGCCUGGCUGCGCUACCGCCGCCACCUCCUGCUUUGCAGGUCCCCGACCCACCUCUCUGUCUUCAUAGCACCCAGACGGGCCGACCCAGAGCUCCUGGGCAGUCUUCCGUGUGUCCGCGAGACACUUUUGCACUCCUAUAAUGAGCCUGGCACUGUGAUGAAAUGCUUUUCCUCUGUCGUUUGAGUGCAUCUUCUCAACAACCCUAGGAGGGUUCUUGAAGCUCUUGUGAUUAACAAUGGCAGGAAAAUCAUCACUUUUUAAAGUAAUUCUCCUUGGAGAUGGUGGAGUUGGGAAGAGUUCACUUAUGAACAGAUAUGUAACUAAUAAGUUUGAUACCCAGCUCUUCCAUACAAUAGGUGUGGAAUUUUUAAAUAAAGAUUUGGAAGUGGAUGGACAUUUUGUUACCAUGCAGAUUUGGGACACGGCAGGUCAGGAGCGAUUCCGAAGCCUGAGGACGCCAUUUUACAGAGGUUCUGACUGCUGCCUGCUUACUUUUAGUGUCGACGAUUCACAAAGCUUCCAGAACUUAAGUAACUGGAAGAAAGAAUUCAUAUAUUACGCAGAUGUGAAAGAGCCUGAGAGCUUUCCUUUUGUGAUUCUGGGAAACAAGAUUGACAUAAGCGAACGGCAGGUGUCUACAGAAGAAGCCCAAGCUUGGUGCAGGGACAACGGCGACUAUCCUUACUUCGAAACAAGUGCAAAAGAUGCCACAAAUGUGGCAGCAGCCUUUGAGGAAGCAGUUCGAAGAGUUCUUGCUACCGAGGAUAGGUCAGAUCACUUGAUUCAGACAGACACAGUCAACCUUCACCGAAAGCCCAAGCCUAGCUCAUCUUGCUGUUGAUUGUUAGAUUGCUGAUGCAUUCUAAUCAACUCACACAUAUACACAAAAUCAACAUGGGGAUGGAGAAGAGAAUUAGCGUUUGCAGCAGUGUAUCAUCUACUAAUAAAAUUAUAUUGCUGCUUCAUUAGUUGGUGGGAGAGGGGACACAUCUACUCAUGGAGGAAUAUAUUUACUCAAUAAUGGCACCUUCCAUUUAUAAAUUGUAACGGUUGUCAAUAACGUUUCUUUAAUUUAAAUACGUAAGUUGCAGAGCUAAUAAAUGAGAUGACCAAGACUUUAAUGAUAAUUAAAAUAAGAAACCUGACUAUUCUAGAAGUUAUACUUGGAUUUUUUUUCCUGGGAAAAUGGAGAACUACUUUUAUAUGUGUAUGUUUUUAUGCAAUUAGCAUUGUAUUCUUGGUUCAGGGAAAUAAUUUCCUAAAGCAAUAAUGUUAGAUAUUAAAGAUUAAAAUCUAAUGUAUUUGCGAUGCAUUGUUAAUUUACUUCUUCAUUCUCUUCAAAAUGAUUUAACCAUUUCUAUUUUCAUUCUACAUAUUAGAAUUACUCUCACUAGUAAUUUGUCAUUUGUGUGCCAUUCAUGUGUCCCCACCUCCAUAAAUCAUGUUCCAUAGUCUCAGGUGGAGGGCAGGCCCCCAGAGGUACAAGAGUUACUUCAUACAGUCUGUCGUACAUCCAGCUAGAUUCAAACUGUCUAUGAAUGGAAAGCUUUCCAUAGAUAAGAGUUCAGUUUUAAGAAAAAGGCUAACUACUGAACUUGGAGAACAGACAAAUGUGCAUUUGAUAACUGAUGUAACAAUUACAAUGUACUGUGUGGAAGAUACAAAAUUACAAUUUGUUAAUGGACUACUUAAUAUUUUUGUUACUUUCUUUACUUUUGGGAAAAGUCUCCUAGUUGAAGUUAAAACAUUCCUUUUUAACAGAAGACACAGCUAACUUUAUCACUCUCAGAGGAAAUACUAAGAAGGCUUGUACUUUGUGAGAGUAAAUGAAGACAUCUUUAUUUGGCCAUGUAUUUACUUAGUGUCUUCUCUAUCAUUGAAUGUUGUUUAGUGAUUUGUUCUCAAGGAGAUUUUUUGUUCCAAAAAGACUUGCUGCAGUGAUUAGAUUUGAUAAAGGAAAUUGUGGUCUUUUGUG